AGGAACGUAGUUUCAAAACGCGAGUUUGAGAAAACGCAGGCGGAAGCUUUUUUAGGCUUUGUGGUUUAUGAAAAACAGAAAAAAGAUUGGGACUUGUUGGGUUUGAAAUCGCGUAGCUCUUGACGAGUCUUGGAGUAGGAAGAGAUGGGGAAUAUGUUCGUGAAGAAACCAAAGAUAACGGAGGUUGAUCGAGCGAUCCUCUCUCUCAAAACCCAAAGGCGCAAGCUUGGUCAAUAUCAGCAACAGCUUGAGAAAGUGAUUGAAGCCGAAAAGCAAGCUGCGAGGGACUUAAUCCGUGAGAAGAGGAAAGACAGGGCUUUGUUGGCAUUGAAGAAGAAGCGGACGCAAGAAGAUUUGUUGAAGCAAGUGGAUCAGUGGGUCAUCAAUGUCGAACAACAAUUGGCAGAUAUUGAACUAACAAGCAAGCAGAAGGCAGUCUUUGAGAGCUUAAAGCAAGGCAACAGUGCGAUUAAGGCGAUUCAGAGUGAAGUCAACCUUGAUGAUGUUCAAAAGCUAAUGGAUGACACUGCCGAGGCCAAGGCUUAUCAGGACGAGCUGAGUGCCAUAUUGGGAGAGAAACUAUCGGAAGAAGAUGAAGAAGAUAUCUUAGCAGAAUUCGACAACCUCGAAAGUCAGCUCAAUGUUGAAGACAUGCCUGAGGUGCCUGCAACUGAGCUCGUGCGUGAAGAAGACGAGAUAUUGGAUCUCCCUGAUGUGCCGACAAAACAACCCCUCGCUCCCAAUGCUACUGCAGAAAUCUCUUCAACAAAGAGAAAAGUACUUGAAGAACCUUUGGAAGCUUGAUUCAGAGGAGAAGAAUGUGAUGGAACCAUAUAUAGCCCCACCAUCCAUGGAUUAUUACCAUUUUUUCUUUAAGACACUUUUUUCUUGUGGGCUCUUGAAGCUCGUUUGUGUAAAGCUUGCAAAAGAACAAGGUUCUUGGAAUUUCCAGUGUGAUAUGAAAAAGAAAAUGUUGAUCAUUAUGGUU